AUGCGCUCUACCCUAUCCCAGACGCUGUUCCAAGCAGGCCGUUCAUGGCAACCAAGCAAAAUGCUCCGCCCACUCACACGACUCUCGUAUUCCACAACUACCACUACCCAUGGGGCGCAUCACAUCCAAACGCGGAUGCCUCCAAAGGACUCAAUCAAGAAUGGGCAUCGCUUUAAGGAAUUCGACCUCAAUGACCGCGUUUAUGCCAUCACCGGCGGUGGAAGAGGACUCGGUCUAGCCAUGGCCGAAGCCCUAAUGGAAGCCGGCGCCAAAGUCUACUGCCUCGACCGCCUCGAAAACCCCCACCCAGACUUCAUGGCCGCAAAAGAGCACGCAGAAACCAAUUAUGGCGGCAGCCUGGAGUACUACCGAAUCGACGUCCGCGACGACGCAGAAGUAAACAACGUGUUCGCCGAAAUUGCCGGUCAGAACAAACGCCUGGACGGUCUGAUCGCCGCAGCCGGAAUCAACCACCUCCAGAGCGCCCUCGAGCACUCCCAAACCGCGAUGAACGAAGUCAUGCAGAUUAACUACAACGGAGUGUUUAACUCCGCCACCGCCGCCGCCCGCCAGAUGUUCAACUACCAGCAGAAGGGAUCUAUCCUACUCAUCGCUAGCAUGAGCGGCCUCAUCGCCAACAAGGGCAUGACUUCCCCUGUCUACAACUCCUCCAAAGCGGCUGUCAUUCAGCUGGCUCGCUCUCUCGCAAUGGAAUGGGGCCGUCACGGUAUCCGUGUGAACAGUCUCUGCCCCGGUCACAUCAUCACCCCCAUGGUCGAGCAGGUGUUCCAGCAGAAUCCGGCUUCGCGGGCCGUCUGGGAGGCAGAGAAUAUGCUUGGACGAUUGGCGUACCCUGAGGAAUUCAGAGGCGCUGCCCUCUUCGCUCUCAGUGAUGCUAGCAGCUUCAUGACCGGAAGCACGAUGCUCAUUGAUGGUGGCCACACCGCCUGGUAA